GGACGGGCGUCGCGAGUCUUCACCGGCCGUUUCCGGGGUCUCGUCAGAUGUGAGUCCCGAUGGAGCAGCCCGAGCAAGGCGAGCAGCCGGCGCCGCGGCAGCCAUGGGGCAGGCUCCUCCGCCUGGGCGCCGAGGAAGGCGAGCCGCACGUCUUGCUGUGGAAGCGAGAGUGGACCAUUGGGCGGAGGAGAGGUUGUGACCUUUCAUUCCCCAGCAAUAAAUUGGUCUCUGGAGAUCACUGUAAAAUUGUAGUGGAUGAAAAAUCUGGUCAGGUGGUGCUGGAAGAUACCAGUACCAAUGGAACAGUAAUUAACAAGCUGAAGGUCGUCAAGAAGCAGAGUUGCCCUUUACAGACUGGGGAUGUCAUCUACUUGGUGUACAGGAAGAAUGAGCCAGAACACAAUGUGGCGUACCUCUAUGAAUCUUUAAAUGAAAAGCAAGGCAUGACACAAGAAUCCUUUGAAGCUAAUAAAGAAAACGUGUUCCACAUGACCAAAGAUACCUCAGGUGCAGGGCGAGGUGACGAACCCCAGCUCCCACCACCGUCGCCUGCCACUCAGGCGUGUUUUGAGGAACCACAGCCAUCAACGUCGACCUCAGACCUCUUCCCCACGGCCUCUACCUCUUCCAUGGAGCCUGCUUCUGCAGGGCGAGAACUCUCCAGUUCCGGAUCUGGGGGUGCAGGCAUCUCCACAAAAGGACAUGGCCCAUUUGUGGCAAGUGGUGACAUCUUCAGCUCUGCCUCAGCUCUCCCAGUCAGAGAGGGAGCAUCCUUUUCCUUGUCGGAACCCCAGGAUCAAGAGGAUUUGGAGCCCAAUAAAAAGAGGAUGAAAGGAGACAGGGAGCUUGACCUGAACCUUCACUUGUUAGUCACAGACCAAUGUAGAAACACCCAGACUAUCUGUGAGGAGGUCAGAGCUGUGGCCGUGAAGCCAGACAAGAUGGAGGAGACACUCACGUGCAUCAUCUGCCAAGACCUGCUGCAUGACUGCGUGAGUUUGCAGCCCUGCAUGCACACAUUCUGUGCAGCUUGCUACUCUGGCUGGAUGGAGCGCUCGUCCCUGUGCCCCACAUGCCGCUGUCCAGUGGAACGAAUCUGUAAAAACCACAUCCUCAACAACCUCGUGGAAGCGUACCUUAUCCAGCAUCCAGACAAGAGUCGCAGCGAAGAAGACGUGCGAAGUAUGGAUGCCAGGAACAAAAUCACUCAAGACAUGCUGCAGCCCAAAGUCAGGAGGUCUAUUUCUGAUGAAGAGGGGAGUUCAGAGGACCUGCUGGAGCUGUCAGACGUUGACAGUGAAUCCUCAGACAUUAGUCAGCCAUACAUCGUGUGCAGACAGUGUCCUGAGUACAGACGGCGGGCGGCACAGCCCCUUCCCUGCCCAGCACCCGACAGUGAGCCAGGGGCUCCUCAGGCUCUCGGGGACGCGCCCUCGACGUCUGCCAGCCUCACAAGAGCCUCAGGUUACGUGUGUCCCCUGCAAGGCAGCCACGCCAUAUGUACCUGCUGCUUCCAGCCCAUGCCUGACCGGAGAGCAGAGCGCGAGCAGGACCCCCGUGUUGCCCCUCAGCAGUGUGCAGUUUGCCUACAGCCCUUCUGCCACCUGUACUGGGGUUGCACCCGGACCGGCUGCUUCGGCUGCCUGGCCCCAUUCUGUGAGCUCAACCUGGGCGACAAGUGUCUAGACGGAGUGCUGAACAACAACAGCUACGAGUCCGACGUGCUGAAGAAUUACUUGGCAGCCAGGGGUUUAACGUGGAAAAACAUGUUGACGGAAAGUCUGCUGGCUCUUCAGCGGGGAGUAUUUCUGCUGUCUGAUUAUAGAAUCACUGGAAACACUGUGCUGUGUUACUGUUGCGGCCUGCGCAGUUUCCGAGAACUGACCUAUCAGUAUCGGCAGAACAUUCCUGCUUCCGAAUUGCCAGUGGCUGUAACAUCCCGUCCUGAUUGCUAUUGGGGCCGUAACUGCCGCACUCAGGUGAAGGCUCAUCACGCAAUGAAAUUCAAUCAUAUCUGUGAACAGACGAGGUUCAAGAACUAAGCCUCAGGGAGGCACCAAGAUAGCUGCAGAAUCCUGGUGGCAGUGACAGUGCGUUUGAAAAAUACCUAAUGCAAACACUUGAAGGGCAUUUUUACAGUUUCCCUGUGGGACGUUGGGGGUCUCUGGUCAGUACUCUGGUGUGACUUUUCUUUUGUGGAGCUUUACCCUCUAAGUGAGACCCUCCCAAGUGGCCUGGGAGGCCCUGGGUGGCUACAGCCUGUCUGGUGAGUGCCAGGCAGGAACAUGCAGUGGCGGGAGCAACGGACACUGAAGUUCUUUCUGCCAGACAGACUGUCAUUCCCUCCUGCUGAGAUGGUGACAGUGCAGUUUUGCUCUUUUUGUACCUUUUCCAGAACUAAUGGUUAAAACAGAAAUCUCUUUUCAGGAAAAGUUUCAUGGGAGAAAGGAGAAAGUUUAUAAGAAACAUUCUAUUUUAAGGAAAAGGGAGCAUAAGUUUACAGCCUACAAGAUGUACAGAAUAUUCUGCUGUUGGGAAACCCACAGCGUUUUAUAUAUUUUUUAUUUUAAUAGGUUUGGUGCUUAUCUUCUAAUAAGAUUUAAAUAUCACAAACUGUAGCACAAAUAAUAUAAUUUGUAAUUUACAAUUUCACUAAAAUGGGGAAUAGUAUGGUAUUUGAAAGAAUAAGCAUAUAUUCCUGUUUAUUAAAGAAAAAAAAAAUCAUCAAAUGUCCCAAACUCCUAACCCUAGACAUGGGUCAUUUAGCAGAUCCUGGCUAACGUGUGUGUGUUGGGUUGCCAUUGUCCCUAGCACAGGGCUGGCGAGAGCCCUGGCUAUACAGCAGGGACAAGGCCCAGGACACACUGCUCCCUCGUGCUGGCCCAACUGCAGCCAAAAGCCCUCCUCAUCCCUCUGGAGCAGCAACUCCCACUGGAUCCUGCAGAGCUCAAGAAGGAGCCCUUUUCUCCCACAUUAGGUUUGCCAUGUCAUCUGGAAUAAUACUUGAAAUUUUGGUUUUUGUAAAAAAAAAAAAAAAAAAAUUUAUCUUUCAUUGAAAUCACCUGUUUUGUUUGUUUGCAAACUGGUAACCUUUUUCCUUCUCAGGAAUAUGAUUUUCAGCUGUUGUCUUGCUUCUGACACAUGCUGAAAAGCAGCACUCUGUGGGAGGAAGUCCUCUCUUUUACAUUCUAAUAAACAAGUCCAGUUUGUUUCUCUGCUGUCUUGCUGGGCUCUGGUGUGGCUCCACCACACGUUUCCCUGCACAAUGGAGAGCAGUUCCCUGCACAUUUACUACUGUACUGUGAGUCAUACGUACUUUAUUGGGCUGGCCAGUUAGCUCAGUUGGCUAAAACAUGCUGCUGAUAACACCAAGGUCAAGGGUUCCAUCCUUGUACCAGCCAGCUGCCAAAAAAAAAAAUCACUUUAUUCCCUCCUAGUCGAUCUGGCAAUUCCAUCAGCAGAUAAGCCAUGUGGAGUGAGUGGACUCUGGAGCCACAUAGGCCCUGGGGCUGGGGCCUGAAGUUUGAGCUUCCAGUGAAAACAGGCCAGUUUCAUUUGCUGACCCUGUCCAGUGUUGAAGCUUUGUCUUCAGCCAAGCACUAGAUGAAGCCAUGGGGCAGAGAUCCCGGCUUGUGCAGGAGCAAGACCCUGCAGGGAGCUCCAUUGCUUAUGCAAAUGUGUGAGGGGAGCUCCCAUGCUGGUGCGAGGAGGCCCUGAGGGAAGCAGCCACCUUCUCUGAGCAUGAGACCCAGCAUGCGCUCCCCAGGCUAAUGAAUGAGCUGGGGCCACUCUGUGUCUGUGCCUUGAAGAGAUCAGCCAAUCUCUCAUGUGCUCUUUCUCCCUCUCUCCACAAAGUAAAAAUAAGAAUGCAGGCCCUGUAAAGGACACAACACCUUUUUUACGCCUAAGUGUAGAUAGAACCUGCAACUUUCCUCAGGUUUCACUUGGCUGUCCCUGAAGGGGCAGGCAGCACAUAGAGCUCAUGGGGCUCUGAGUGCCUUCGGGAAUCACUAAGCUGUCACACUUCUUUGAAGAAACCUGAUGCCUGGUCCAGGGAAGGGGCUGAUGAGACUCCACUAGUUGGUGAACUCCAGUUCCCCGGUUCCGACAAGUGUAAGAUGGUUGGAACAUCUUGUGUGAGGCUCUAAUCUGAGGGAUAGGACCUUGGGCCUAGGGCACCAUUCACUAGGAGUGGUGAUGAGCUGUCUGUUUUACAGAGGCAGGUGGGUGUGAACUUGUAAUGUUUUUAUGAUUUUCUGUGCUUCCUGUUCCUCAAGACCCUCCUACCCCACCCGAAUAAACCAUCAACCCACAGUUGUCUUGGAGCCCUGCUGUCUGUGUGGGGUGGGGUGCCAGCUUGCUCACAGGCUGGCCCUGUGGGGCAGCCUGGCAGCAGCUGUACACUCCCACGAGCUUCCAUCCAGCUCCUUGAGCCCAUCCCAGGACGGACCAGAGCCAGUCUGCAGCUACCCACUGACCACCUACAGAAUCGCUCGACUUGUGUCUCCUCCUAUCCUCCUGGUGCAGGAUGGGCAUCUUGUCCUCCCGGUGACCCCCGUCAAAAGCCGGGGUUAACCCUCCCCUCCCCCAUCAGCUUUGAUGUGUUGUUAGAGUGAGCCCUUCUUGGCCUGGAGGGCUCCCAGCUCCAAGCAGGCGGGGGAGGGGGUUCUCAGGGGUCCAAGUUGGGCCAGCCUCUGUCCGGGCUCCUGAUUGCAACCAAGAAUGCCAAACAGAUUGAUUCAGACAAGGACAAGGGAUUUGGACCAACUGUCUUACUGUGGCCAAAUAAAAAGUCCGUUUGAAA